UCUUGUUAAUUUUAACUUUGAAAAAUAUAGAGAAAAAGUGAGAUUGAUGUGAAAAUCAGUGAAUUUAUAAGUACGUGAUACGGUCUUUGGCGUGUUCAUCUCACGGUCCGCUGACCAUUGGUGCCUUGUGAGAAGUAGGACUUAGACAAGGGUGCCAGGUUAGUCAACUUAUAUAUGAUGACUUUACAGAAACACAUUUGGGUCAUCACAUUUAUGUGUUACUGUCAACACAUAACAAGAGGACUUAACAAUGUACCAGUUGUCAUGACUGUGCACAGUCUGGCAGAUACAAUCAGGGAACUCAUCAACGAAGCCGCUAACGAAGUCAAUAUGCAGAGAAAUAUGAUUAUGAUGGAAAAUCAAAUGAAAAUGAGCCCUCAAACUAUGCGACAGGAAACCCACCAAUCCACGCCAAGUAAUAUGAUGUAUACUUUUCUAAGAAGAAGCGAAGAUAUGAUGAUUGAGGGUGCGUUUGGUAAAGCUGCAGAAAUUGCAAUAACAGCUACCUCUAAAAUUGAAAAAAGAUUAAAGCGACCAGCAACAUCAACGGACAUUGUUCCAUUAUUCCACAAAUUUAUAGAACCCUAUUGUCCAAAACGACAUAUCGUAUGUAACCCAUUGGAGAAAUACAGAACAGCUGACGGCACGUGUAACAACUUACAUAAUCCAGUAUGGGGUACAGCAAUCACACCACAACCAAGAUUUUUACCACCUAACUAUGGAGAUUCACAAAACUUAGGACACAUACCACGAAUUCUGAGCGUUACAGGUGACCCCUUACCAAGCCCCAGACUUAUCAGUAAUAACGUCCAUGGUUCAGGGGUGAAUCAUCCCAGAAGUCAGAAGUAUACAGUCGCUCUCACACAUUUUGGUCAGUUCAUAGAUCAUGAUGUUAUAUCAACGCCAAUCUUAAUAGAUGAAGGUCUAGAUCAGAUGGUAUGUUGUAACGGUGAUCAACCUGUCAACAGACCAGAAUGUUUCCCUUUCUUUACUCCUCCUGGAGAAUUCAAACAUACAUGUAUGGAGUUUGUACGUUCAGAAGCAGCACCAACUACAGGCUGUGGACCAGGUCCUCGUCACCAGAUGAACCAGAGAACGUCUUACUUAGAUUUGUCACAGGUGUAUGGCAAUAACAUCAAGGCUAUGAGAGAACUACGUACAUUGCAUGGAGGCGAGAUGCAGGAAGGUGCUGGAGGUUUGUUACCUGAUGGACCACCUGAUCUAGAUUGUGUCGAAGGUCAAGUUUGUUUCAGAGCAGGAGAUCACAGACAUUCAGAUGCACCAACAUUAAACGUUAUUCACGUUCUAUUUCUGAGAGAACAUAACAGGAUAGCCAGAGGACUCCAAAAAAUCAAUCUACAUUGGGGAGACGAAAAAAUUUAUCAGGAAACGAAAAAAAUAUUAGAUGGAAUGUACCAGCAUAUAAUAUACAACGAAUAUUUACCCGCCAUUCUUGGAGAGGAAAUAGUUACUAAAUUUGGAAUCAGAAGUACAGCUAGAGGAUAUAAUAAUGUCUACGAUCCAAAAGUUGAUGGAUCUACCAGAAAUGUAUUUGCUGCAGCCGUAUUUAGAAUAGGACAUACUCAAAUUGAAUCAUUCGUUGGAUUUAUGACACCAGAUUAUGCACAUGGAGCUCAAACACCAGUUGUUGAGGAAUUUUUCAACACACGUUUAAUACGCGGACAUAAUAAUAUGUAUGGUGUGGAUGGAAUAGCACGAUGGAUGUGUACACAUUUCCAGGGAGCGCCAGAUAGUUUUAUUACACAUGCAGUCAGGGAUAGACUUUUCGAAACUGAGCCCGGAAACGGAUUUGAUUUACCAGCAUUAAACAUGCAGCGCGCCAGAGAUCAUGGCAUUCCAUCAUAUAAUAAAUGGAGAGAAUUCUGUGGACUUAAACCUGCACUUCAUUUUGGUGUCGCACCAAUGGGUUUGAUAGACCAUGACCCUCGAUCAGCUAAAGCACUUCAAUUGUCUUACAGCCAUCCAAAUGAUAUUGACAUUUUCCCUGGAGCUUUAUCGGAGGUACCAAUGCCUGGUUCAUUGUUAGGACCAACCUUUCAGUGUCUCUUCAGUCUACAGUUUUUGAAUUUCAAAGUUGGAGAUCGAUUUUAUUACGAAAAUGAUUUCAAACAUACAGGAUUUACACCAGGUCAACUUAACACCAUUAAACAACAGAGGCUAUCAUCUUUGUUUAUGAGAAACAUGCAAAUGUCUCGUAUGCAGCACAAUGCUUUUGUCUCGCCAUUAUCUGGACCACAACGACACGGGCACGAAAUGUUUCCACCUCUCGAUUUGAAUUUCUGGCGGGAAAUAGUUAUUCAUAAAAAGAAAUAAUACUCACGUUACCUCAUCCUACAGCAAGAGUCCAGCUGUUGUAAUAUACUGUACGCUAAAAUCCAUGGUUUUUAAAGGCUGAUAAAAAGUUAACUACAUAUUAAAGAAUAUGAAUUUGAUAAAUCUGAAUAAAAGAACGCCUUUUUUAUUGUUAAGUGAAGACACAGCUGAAUUGUUUUAAUUAAAGUUGUAUGUGUUUCAUACACAUAUAUUUGAUAUAUCAAUGGAGAGGUUUAUAACUAAUCAUUAAACGAAUCAAUAAAAGGUUA